GUCAUAUUGCUGGUAUGGAUAUCAAUAUUCCACAACUAAAAAUCUCACAUAUUUUAUGGAUUUGUUUAACUGGUGCUCUUCUUAUUCGCGCGUUUUAUCGGCGGUGGAAACAUCAAAAAAUCUACUCAUUCAUGGCAUCGCUACCUGGGCCAGUGUCUUUGCCAUUUUUAGGUGCAACCUACAUGCUUUUUGGAGUAUCCAGUAGAAAUUUAUGUUCCAAAAUGAAAACAUUUGUGAAGAUGUAUCCUGGUGUUGCUGGAUUCUGGGAACGAGAGCAACCUCACGUUGCUACAAGCAGUCGGGAAGUAUUAAAUGCGAUUUUGUCCUCCGGCAACGUUGAAAAAUUUUACCACUACGAGUAUUUUAAGAUAGGCACGAACUCGUUGUUCUCUGCGACCGGGACCGAGUGGCGCAUUCUUCGUAAUAUCGUGAAUCCAAGUUUUCGGACCAACGUUUUGAUGCUUUUUGACGAUGAUCUUUACCACCAUGUCAAAAUCUUCGUCAACCACCUCCAGCAACAUGUUGGCGCUGAUGGGUUUGACAUAUUUGUUCUUGUCCAUUUUUGUACUAUAGACAUGAUCUGCGACAACAUGCUGGGAUCUCGGUUGGUGAGUCAAGAAAAUCGUUCGAAGUUUAUUUCUGAUAAUAUAAUAAAAUGGGCUGAGUCGACUUUUGAAAGAGCAUUUUCUGUGCUCUGGCCAGAUUUUUACUUUACGUUGUCCGGACAGGAAAAAUUAAGAAAAGAAUCAAUUGAUAUAAAUCACGACCUAAUUUGUAAGAUGAUUGAAGAGCGAAUCAGGAAACGAAAGGCGCUCCGAGAAGAGAGUCAGCAAUCCGAAAAUUCACGAAUAUACAUCGAUAUUUUGCUGGAUAAUGUUGAUGCAGGCGUCCUGACGAAAGAUCAAAUUACUUCAGAGAUAUUAGAGAUUGUUGUUGCAGGCUCUAUCACAACAGCAAUCACAAAUGCGUGGGUUUUUAAGCUGCUGGCGCUGUAUCCCGAUAUCCAGGAGCGAGCUUAUCAAGAAAUCAAGGAAAAUUGUGUGGAAGGAGAAGUGAGGUUGAGUGAUCUCUCUAAAUUUGUAUACACAGAGAUGAUUAUCAAGGAGACCCUUAGGCAUUUUGGACCUCCUAUGGCAGGCCGAUACAUUACGGAGGACCUUCAAGUUGAUGACAAAAUGACUAUACCAGCAGGAAUGAACAUUUUUAUUUGCCUCCAUGAGCUUCACCACGAUCCAAAGUACUGGCAGAGACCUGGGGAGUUUUAUCCAGAUCAUUUUUCACCAGCCAAUGAAAAAGCCAGACCCAAAGGCGCAUUCAGCCCAUUCAUGGGUGGACCCAGAGUCUGUCCAGGAAGCAAGUAUGCAAUGAGAUCAAUGAAGUUCUUGGUCGCCAGCACUUUGUCGCAGUACAAAUUCUCAACUGAUGAAAAACCCGCAGAUGAUCUUAGAGAUAUGGACUAUCGUUUAGUAUUCAUGCUUUUUCCUACCUCUGGAUUCAAUGUUAAAAUACAACAAAGGUGAUAGAAAUUAAAAUUCCCUUUACAAUCAAUGCUGAGAUUACCAAAAGAUUUGAAAACUCAUGUACUGAAAUAUUCUAUGAUAUUAACUUAUUUUAACUUUUAUAAGAUACGAUUUAUCCAUAACUUCCAACAACUCACAUAUUUGAGUUUUCAAGAACAGCGUGAUUAUUUGUAUACUAAUUGUUAUAUUUUCUAUGAAUAAAAAAAAAAAAAAAAAAAAAAAAAAAAAUCAAUGCUGAGAUUGGAGUAACUCCAUAGAAACUUUAGAUUAUGUGGACGUAUUUCUGCUAAACUGAACCAGAAACAGAUAGGGAGGAAGGGGUGUGCUAAGCUGUGCUCGUCAGUUGAGGGGCGUAAUAAUGAAUGGGAAUUAUAUGGCGCCAGUGACGUCAGCGGCGACGAUGCGACGAGAAGGCACACGGUCGAGAAUGUAUAACUCAUGAGCCGUGACUACAACGCUCUUUUGCCAUGCUCACGGCUCAUGAGUGCCUCAUACAGUUGGCGCUUAGUUCCGUUUGGCAGAAUGUUAAAUCCCACUUUUCCAUUUACCCAUCACGGAAAAAAAGUAUCGCAAUCCCAUGCCCAACGAUACUUCUAGCUGAUUUUGGCGCUUGUUUUAGUUAAGUUUUUGAUCAACUGUUUUUGGCAAUUUUCAAAAUAUACUUUUUUAUUUUGAAUAA